GCCCACCUCACUGCAGUGGGAGGAGCAUUGAAGAUGCGGAUUUUAUGAAUGAAAUGACACUAUCCCAUUCAGACAGAGAGAGCCCUCCGAUUGGCUGAGGGGUUUGAUGGAAUCGGGUAUUUUCUGUCGCCCACCUUACUUGAAGCCAGACACCAAUGCAUCGGACUCAUAUGUGCCCGCUUUAACCUUACCGUGUGGACGAAAACGAUGACACAACAAACAACGAUAUUUCUUUCUAGAAAGAGUGUCUGAUAGACACCGCAAACAUCUGCCGAGAAGCAAGCUCAUUCAGCACCUGGCACCUGCUAAACGUUUUUGCAAGGACAGACUGUUCUCUCGUCAGCUUGAGACAUGGAUGUGAAUGACUCAGACCUGGCGUGGUUGCAGCCCUCUCUGUCCCUGAACUCACCCUCCCCGGCUGGCACCCCUGUGACCCUAUGGGACUAUGCUGAAUGUAUAUCCGGCAUCCUGAUCUGCUGUGAAAACGGAAUUGUUGUGGCAACCAUUUUAUCUUCGCAACUGUUGAAGGCGCCUAUGUUCCUUCUUAUCGGCUCACUUGCGUGGGCAGACUCUUUGGCAGGGGUGGGUCUAGUUCUUCGCUUCCUGUCACGCAUAACUGUGUAUUCGGAAGUGCUGUCACUAGCCAGUGUGUGUGUCUGUGUGGGGGCACUCAGUGCGAGUGUGUGUUCCCAUCUGGGCAUUACCCUGGACCGCUUCCUGUCGUUGCGCUGUGCACUGACGUAUGGCUCUCACACACACCGCACACACACACGUGUUGCUCUCGCUAUGACAUGGUGUCUGGCAGCACUGCAAGGAGCUUUGCCACUACUGGGUGUGAGCUGCACCCUGGACUCCCUUUCAUCCACGCACUUCAGCCUCAGCUCCUGCAGUGUGGUGCAUCCCUUGACGCGGGUCCACCUGAGUGUCCUCUGUGGAAGCUUCCUGCUGAUCCUGGGGGUGAUGCUGCAGCUGAACGCCCACGUCUGCCAAGUUGUGCGCCGCCACACCCGGAUGAUUGCCCUGCAGCGCCACACACUCCCUCCCGCACAAACUCCCACGCGCUGCCGCACAAACACACUGGCGCUCAGCUUUGCCACGUUUGCCAGCUGCUGGCUGCCCUUUGCCCUCUAUGGUCUCCUAGGAGAUGGUUCACUACCCCGUCACUACACCUAUGCAACAUUAGUACCUGUAGCAACGCACUCACUGAUCAACCCACUCAUCUAUGCCUACCGCAACACACACAUCCGCAAUGUCCUGCUAAAUGCUUUUGGCUGUGCGCAGACACAUUUACAACACACACACACACCCAGUGACGUCUGACUCACACCACACCAUUUUCCAGAACUGAGUAUCUGAUGGACCUCAUGGGCAGUUCACUGCCAAAGGCUGCUGCUAACGCCUGCCACGGAAGAAGGGAUGGAGAGAGCUGGACGGAGCUCAACCCAUCAGACCUGUGCCUCAUUCUUCUUUGCACUUUGUACAAGACAGACUGUUUAUACUUUCAUCAUUGAAUGACACUGCUGAAACUGAUGUGUUUUCUGGUAGUAUAACUACUAAUAUGGUGCUAGUAGCCUAUACCUGAUGAGUCUGUGCUGCUCUUAGCUUGGAGGGUUUGUAACAGAAAAUGGAUGAUUGUCAGUAUGAAUGGAAUCAAUUUGUGUAUUUAUUUUAUGAUGUUCAUUACUACAAAUUAAAGCAUCUGUUUUUAAA